GGUUUUUCUGGGUGUGAGAUUUGUGGUAUAUAAACUUCGAUUUCUUUGUCUCAGGAUCGAUAUCAAUAUCAAUAUCUUCAUUUCAAUAUUAAACAUCUUUAUCAGACCAGUCUUAGUAUUUCUUGUUUUGCUUCGAUUACCCCAUUAUAUACUUGAAUUGAACACUAUCCCUCAACCAUGCAUAUCACAGCAGCACGCUCUCUCACCCUCCUGGGUGUUUUCGCCUACUCUUCCACCGCAUCAGCUUGGCCACAAACAUCCAUCAGUCCUCAGAACGCCUUGGAAUAUAAUCUCGCAGCAGAACCAACUCUUUCUCCUAUCCCCUCCGAUACAUCACUCUCUAUGAUCGCAAUCAGUCAACACAUAAAUACCGAUACAGAACCCGAAGACGCACAUCACGCACGCAACUUAGGUCCGUUCGGCCAAGAAGGAUUCAACAUCGCCACAUAUCGAACUGGCGCUCCCACAGAUGCAGAAGUAGUAGCCACAUCUCCGAUCCCAACCCCCGUCCCUUCCAUAACAGCUGAUCUGAGUUGGAGUAGAGAAUUCCUUACUCCGACUACUACUAUUAUUGUUCCUGCGUCGACAAUCUACUACACUGUCGCUACGGUUACUAUUACUGCGCGGGAUGUGGAUGCGUUGGAAACGGGUUCGGGUUCGGGUUUGGUUAUUGUACCGCUGAGUGAAGCGCCGCGGACUUUCCAAACGAUUACGAGAUCGUCUGCGAGUACGACUUCGGCUGUGGGGAUGGGGAAUCAGGGGCGGGGGUUUGAGGAGAAGAAGGAGAGGUGUGAAAAGCUGGGUGAGGAGGAGGUUCUGGGUUGUUUGGAGAGGGAGGGAUUGUUGGUGCCGUGGACCACGGUUACGCAGGUGAGGGGUGGGAAGACGAUGGUGGAGGUGGGGGUUAGUUUAGGGGUGGGGAGGAGGAGAGGGGAGGCGAGGGUUACAGGGGGGAUUUAGGGUUGGAUGAGGAGGGGGGGUUGGUGGUUUGGGAAUGUGUUUGGGAGGGGUUUUGGAGGGGUGGAGGUUUAUGAGAGAAUAGGGAGAUUAAGGAGAAAACUGCUUUCGUUGGGAUUUGGGAUUACUCAUUAUGUGAAACGUUUUAUUAGUGUAGUGUAUUAGCCAAUUCAGUCUAAAUGACGAGGAUAUCUAAAUCUUAAGCUAUAGCUUUCGAAAUACAACACAUUUUUGUAAACCCA